AUGGCUGCCUUCAGCUGCAGUGCCCCCAUAGCUGUACAGAAAGUGAACUCCUUGGACAAAGGGCUCUGGGAGAAGGUGAUAGCCACCCUGGAGAUGUGGUGCAAAGGCAAGAAUGAGAUUCCCAAGAUCCAGAGCGAGAACCUGGCCGUUGUCUCCCUCAGUGUGGGAAUAGCUGCCAUCUUUCUCUCCACUCUAAGUCCUGAAAAUGUGGUAUCAUCAGUGUAUAAACUGGAGACCCUGCUCAGGCGAGGAUGCUCAGAGGAGGUGGUGGGUAAGUGCAAUACCCUGCUCAAGGCCAAGCCAAAGUAUUCAAUGGAGCUGCUGCUGCUGAGGGCGUUGGCACGGGUGCUGUUAGGGACACAAGUUAGGAAGGGAGUGGCGGACUAUAUCCAAGCCUUUGUGAUGCAUCGGGCUGAGGCAGUGGCCUAUGUGUGUUCUAGGCAAAGGGAACACCUGCCACAGGUCAUCCAGGCCUUCUCUAAUUAUCUCUCUACAUACCAGAAAGGAAGCCCAGACUGCAGUUCCUUGGAGCAGUGGCUGGGCAACUGCUAUGACUUCCUGUCUGCAGUGGCACCGGAUGAUAUCUGGGUUUGCAGGGUGCAGGCAGCUUACUUCUUGAAGAAAAGUAAAUUUGAGGAGUGUGUGGCAGUUUGUAGCAAGGCCCUCAAGAGCUUCUCAGCUGAUGAAAAUCUCAGAGAUGAUGCUUUGGGUCUGCGUUUGGAACGCGCUGCUGCAUAUUUCUUCUUAGGUGGACGGAUGCAGGAAAUGAUGCAGGAUUUAGCAGAAGCCUUUGCAGCAACCCCAGCCCAGGCAAUGAAACACUUUGAAGAGCUUUUCUCACCACAUGACACUGAGAGGAUAGAAGAACAGGCUAGAACUGUUCUGGAGGUGAAGUUUGCAGCGUACAGGGAGGCUGUGCGUACUCGGACUGAACUCAGAGGCAAUCAUGGUACUGAACUGCUCCCUGCUGUCAUCCAGACAAUCCAGUUCCUCCUUCAGAUCUCCCCAGGGUCCAAACGUGAGCUCAGCGUUCGGCUAGCAGACUGCCAUCUCCUGCAUGGACACAUCAGAGCUGCCCUAGAUAUCUGUGACCACCUCUUAGCAGCAGAGCAGAAAACUUACUACAAUACUCUCUUAGCAUUGCGAGGAUUCUGCUUGCUCCACACUCAUGACCACCAACAAGCCCGGCAGGACUUUCAAAAGGUUAUUGAGCAUGAUUCCCCACAUCCUAACAGCUGUAUUAAAGCUUUAUGUGGGCGUGGACUUAUCCGGAUUUCUGGUGGCAGCCAUUACUUGACAGCUUUGGAUUAUAUCACAGCUUGCCAGUUAAAGCUGGAAGAAACCAUCUUCACAAUCAAGUCCUAUGUGCCGUGGAACCAAAGAGGACUUCUGCUAAAGGUUCUCCAAGAAGAGGGCCAGAAGAUGCUCCAGAAGAAGAGGUACUUGGGAGGCAGUUCAGUCUGUGGGGAGAAAAAGAAAUGGGGCUGUGCAGAUUCCUAACAGAAAGAGAGAAGCUUGGGUAAUGCCCCUGGGGUUUACCAGCUGGCUUCUCUCUUGGUGGAGCUGGACACUUCUGAUGAACCAUCACGGAUCCUUUGUGCUGAUGCCCUGUACCAGAUGGGCUGUGUAGAAGAAGCCCACAAGCUCCUCUUGCUAUCACUCUCCAAAAAUCCACAAGGGUCUCCCAUCCUGGCUAGACUCGCACUUCUGCAAUUGAAGAAAGGUUUUGUGUAUGAUGGCAACCAGCUGCUAAAGAAAGUGAUCAGAAUUGGAGAUACCUCCUGCCUCCUGCCAAUCAUGGACAUUUUCAAAGAUGAAGACAGGAAGUUGAUGCAGACUCACUGCCAUUUAAGAGCGCUGGCCAUCUUAAAGGACAAACGGAAGGAUGCUGACAUCAAAGAGGCCAUUGCAUAUCUUUCCUUUGCCAUCAUUGCUUCAGGUGGUUAUGCUGAAGAUUGUCUUCUCAUCAGGGCUCAAUGCUAUGGGCGCCUUGGUCAGAAGAAAACUGCUAUUUUUGAUUUUAACGCCAUCCUAAAGGAGGACCCUAGGAACGUGCAAGCUCUGAGUGGACGAGGAUUCAUUUACCUGGCUCUGAAGCAGCAGAAGGAGGCAGUGCAAGAUUUGAUCUCAGCUCUGAAGGUGGAGGCAGGAGUAGUGAUCCCAGCAAUCCUGUCUUUAAAGCAUGAAGCCCAAGGACUGAUCACUCAAUGGCUUCUACAGCAUGGCAGGACUGCAUUAACUGAGCUUGUUGCUACUAAAGACCUCUCAAAAGAAGAAACCCUCAGGGAUCUUCUCAUGAUUGCAAAAGCACUGAUUAAAAUUUGCAAGGAUUCACAAUAUCACAUCUUCUACACAGAUGUUUUGAUUGCAAAGGGUAAGUAUGAAGAGGCCCUUGAUCACCUUCGGGAGGCAUUUCGCCACUCCCUCGUUGAUGACUUUGCUAGUGCAAGACUAGCUGUGCUGCAGCUGAAGAAGAACAUGCCAGUGGCAGCUCACUCAUUCAGCAUGCUAGCUAGGAUAGAUGAAAAGGAGCUGGGAUUUCUCCUGAACUUCGUAGAUGCUAAGCAACAGCAGCAACUCUCUCAGGUAGCAGCCCAAGAAGGAAAUGUGCUGAUUAAAGAGCAUCACUAUGAGAAGGCUCUUGGUUAUUACACCCUGGCCAUCUUGACAAGCAAAGAUAAUCCAAGGUAUCUCCGACAGAGAGCUGCUUGCCUUACACACCUGAAAAAAUAUGACAGAGCUUUAAAAGAUAUGGAGAAAGUGAUCCAGAAGCACGGCCGGAGCAGCCUUAAAACACGCGUCGAGGACCACUGCUCGAAAGGACACCUGCUAUUGGCACUGGCUGAAGAAGCAGCAGCAGUUAAGCAGUAUAUUGAGGCACUGCAGUUAGACGAAUCUAUGGCAUUGUGCAGCAUCAUGAAUCGCCCUGGCAGUGAAAUUUUAACCAAAACAUUUCAUAAGAUUGCACAAUAUAAUUUUGAAAUGAAGCAUUAUGAAGAGGCCUGGAAAAUCACAGACUAUGGUCUUAAAAUUGAUCAAAAUGCUGAACUUAAAAAGCUGAAAACAAGACUUAAGCGAGAGGCAUCAAGCUGCAGCAUACAUUAA